AUGCGCAGCCCGCAGAGAGAAGCACGGGGGAGAGGGGCGAGGGCUAUGGGCAGGGCUGGUGGCUUGACAUGCUUGAGCUCCAUCAUCAUCUCGAGCGCGGUGGGAGCGUCAUGUCCAUGUCCUGGGCGUUGUGUUGACUACAAUCUGAGGAUGGCUUGGGGCGGAUGCCACUUGCGCAUACGAGGAGGGGAUGCUAGGGAGGCGAGCAAGAGGCAGCGGGUGUGCUACUCUGGAAUGAAUGUGAGUAACCAGUCUGCCGAGACUAAAGUAGGAGGAGAGGUCAAGCCUGUAGGAAGAGCUAUCAAGGAGGUAGAAGAAAAGAUGAGGGUUGUGGAACGAAACAUCCAGGCUGUACUGCUUCAGAUCAAACAUGAACAGGAUCCCACGAUGAAGGCCGCCCUUUACAAGAGACUCGAGCAGCUUGGAGAACGUCAGAAGCAGCUUGGAGAACGUCAGAAGCAGCUUGGAGAAGAAAAACUUAUCCUUUUGAGACAGAGCACCGGAUCCCAUGUGCCACCGAUUGCUUGGAACGAGUCAGAUGCAAGACUGGAUUGGAUGGGCUUUUGCAACGACAACAAGUACUUUCGUCUCGAUGCAUCCUACCUACAAAGAGACGGAGAGCUCCUUCUCUACUGCCGGGAAGCUUUCACGCACCUGCAUUGUUUCUUGAGGGAGAGGGUGGUAGAGAAGCAGGCUUUGGGCUGGAUCCAAGGCCCGCCGGGAACGGGGAAGACGAUGACGACGCUAGCCUUCUGCUUGUCUCUUGACAUGAGGGAAUGGAGCGUAACGCUCAUCAGGCUGCAAGCAUCCGACGACGCUGAUUGCAUCCAAAUCGUCGGCGGGAUCAACAGAAUGCUGGAAGAUUGGCAGGACUACAAGAAGGGUUUUGUGGUCCUGGACGGUGAACGAGGAUGGAGGUUGAGAGUGCAAUCUCGAAAUUUGCAGAGACGCUGCGAUGAGAGGUGGAAAGGAACUUCAAGAAGGGAUAAACUAACCAAGAUGCAUCGAACAACGAGCGGAGGUAGGAGCUGCAGAAGUCUUUCUAAGGCGGUUCUAGUGCUGGGCGUUGCAUGCUCCUUCCUAGGGACUGCAUACUUCAUGUACGUCAGUCCCUCCGGCAAGGAUGCAGCUCCUGUGCGCUGGGGGAUCUUUGCUAGUGCCGAAAGCACGUCCACAAACAGACAGGCGAGCGGGGAAGCGAACAAGGUUCAAGGGGCCGAUCAUGGCGAACUGGGAGGAAGGGAUGCAGGGAUCUCGCAGCAGAGUCGAACCCUGAUGGGACGGAACGUCGAUGAGGCCCGAGCGAGGCAUGAAGAGCAAGGAGCGUCUCAUCAUGAUCGGUGGACGGCUGACCAUCUCAAGAACCAGCGCCCGACGUCUCCAUCUUCCCAUGACGCCGGGCGUCCAUCCCAGCAACCUGAGGAUGCAGCAGGAGGGUCGAGGGAGCAUGUUGCACCCGUCGAACCUGCUCGUCACCGUGAUGAAGAGCUAGCUGCGACAAGGCACGGACAACAUCCCCAACAUCCCCAGGAGCCUCCUACUGCUGGAGAAGGAGAGGAGGGGAAGUGUGCUAGUCGGGGAGAAGAGAAGCGCUUUUUGCAGGAGGGAGAGGUGAACGAGCUGGGGGGAAAGGUCGCGCUAGCGAGCUUCCCCCGCUCGGGGAACUCGAUGACAAGGGGCCUGCUGGAGGAGUUCUCCGGGAUCAGGUCAGGGAGUGACUUCGUGGACAUGUCACUGGCCAUGGCUUACAACGUGAUGGGGGAGGGAAGGGUAGACGACAGCGUUUGGUUCAUCAAGACGCACUGGCCCAACAAGCCAGGCCCUCCGAUCCACAUCAGCCGCGCAGUCGUCAUCGUCCGCAACCCGCUGGACGUCUUGGUCUCCUGGUUCAACAUGAUGGCUACCAACGUCCACAACUACACCCUGCCCGACGAGACUUUCCAGACCUUCAGCGACCUCUGGGAGAAUUUCGUGGAGCACGAGGUUGAGAUGUGGUCAGGCUUUCACGACUACUGGAUGGCAGUCGACCUGCCAGUCCUCAUCGUGCGGUACGAGGACCUCGCUGGGCCUGCCUCCAUGGAUGUAGUGGAGCAGAUCUUCUCCUUCACUGGGAGGAAGGGCUGCGAGGUGUACAAGAAGCGGGGAGAGUGCGCGAUUAAGGAGAGAGCUUCAGUCUACACCCCAAGGAAGAAGCGGAGCUCCAUCGAGUACUUCCCUCCUGCACUGCUAGAGCUGGUCAAGGUCAAGGCUAGAAGGUGGAUCUGCUUGUACGGCUAUGGCGAGAAGAUUCUUGGCGACAAGUGGCAGGAGGAAUGCGCGUCCAUCUCUUCCACCUCCAAGGCCUUCUUUGCAGAGGCAGGCGAAGGUCGAGCGUGCGACAAGGAAAUGGCGUGGGACUCAUCGAGGAUCAACUCCUCCGGCAUGAUGCUCAACGAGCCUGACUCCAACAUCCUCCGCAAGUACAUGGCAAGGGGAGCCGGAGCUGGCCAGAAUGGAGUGAAGAUGCCCGAGGCAUCCGCUCCGUUUCUGCAUCAAGCCAUGAUAAGGAGGGGAUAUCGUCUUCCUCCCCCAGCUUUCAUGCAUGAAGAUCCAGAUCGGUUCAGACCCAUGCCUGACAUGCCCACACAUCAGCCCCCGGGAGCGGGAGCUGGAGCUGGGCACAACAUGCAGCACGUGCGUCAUGGGGUUCAUCACAUGCCGGAGGUUCGUCACGAUCGCCCUCCCAGCCGCUGGACUAGACAACAUUAUGACGAGCACAGACCAGCUGCCAGAUACAGAGAACCUCUGCACUGA